GAUGCACUUCAAAACCUAGUAGAGAUUCUUAAACUAUGUGCUGAAGCCACUAAUUAUUUAGUCUCUACUCUAAUUGAACUUAAAAAGAGAUAUCAGCUAUCAGUUGUCAAUGAUGAUAUUGUAGAUAAAAUUAAUUAUGAGAAUGACAAAAACCUAUUUGAAAAUGCUACAAUUGAUGAAGAAGAGAAGGUGCAAACUUAUAUGCCUAUUAGUAUAGAUCUUGACAAA